CCACUCCCUGCUCCUACGGGCUGAACUAAGCAAUUUCUCUGCAGAGCCCUGGAGCUUCCUGUUUGCGGCAUUAUAAAACCUCAGCCCUCGCUGCCUGUCCACACUUGCGAAAAUCGCCUGCAGCACGGACGCAGCCUGCGGGGUCUGGGCACACGGGGCAACUCUUCACUGCCGUAAAAGAGGUCUUGGGCUGCCUCUGCACUGGUGAGCUUUUUGGUAUAACUAAGGAUACAGAUCCUGGUGCAGAAUGAGCCACACCGACUCGUAUGGUGACUACGAUCCUGACUCAUUUAACUUCACUGCGCCCAUCUUCGACACGCCAGCUCCAAAGACUUUCCAGCCGACCCCCAUCCUGUGGGUGUCUCUGGUUCUCUACUCCCUCGUCUUCCUGCUGGGCGUGCCGGGGAACGCGGCUGUCAUCUGGGUGACGGGCUUCCGGAUGAAGCGCACAGUGAACACCGUCUGGUUCCUCAACCUGGCGGUGGCCGACCUCCUCUGCUGCCUGGCGCUGCCGUUCCUGGUCGUGCCCACGGCCCGCGGCAACCGCUGGGAGCUGGGUGACUUCGCCUGCAAGCUGCUCCCAUCCCUCACCAUCCUGAACAUGUUUGCCAGCGUCCUGCUCCUGAUGGCCAUCAGCGUGGACCGCUGCGCCCUGGUGACCAGGCCCGUCUGGUGCCAGAACCACCGCACGACCCGGCUGGCCUGGGGCCUGAGCGGGGCAGCCUGGCUCCUGGCUCUGCUCAUGACCCUCCCAACCCUCAUCUUCCGGACGACGCACACCAAGGAGUUCUCAGACCAAGUGAUGUGCGUCCUGGAGUACGCUCGAGUGGCCAGUUACCAGACCACCGUCGAGGUGUCCGUCGCUACCUUCCGCUUCGCCGCCGGCUUCCUGGUCCCCUUCGUGGUGAUCGCCACCUGCUACGGCCUGGUCCUGGCCCGCGUCCACAGGAGCCGUUUCACCCGCUCGCGCAAGACCAUUAAGGUCAUUCUUGUGGUGAUUAUCGGCUUCUUCGUGUGCUGGCUCCCCUACCACGUGGUGGGGCUGAUCCAGGCCGCCCAGAAGUCCACCACCAGCCUCUUCAAAGGCGCCUCUGAGUCCGACCCCCUGAUUGUGAGUCUGGCUUACGUCAACAGCUGCCUCAACCCCGUCAUCUACGUCAUCAUGGGCCAGGACUUCAAAGACCGGUUCCAGCGCUCGCUGAAGACCAUCCUCCGCAACGUGCUGAGCGAGGAUUCGCUCUCCGUGGGUGACAGCAGGAAGAAGACCAGAUCCACGCAGGAGACCAAGUCCACGAUGGAGGACCGAAGCAUCGGGGUGUGAGCUGGGGAACGGGCCCCCGGCAGCCCCACCGCAGGCUGGGCUUGUGACAUGUCAGGCGACAGCUGCCUCCCCUUCGCUCGCCGUCGUUACCCUGGGGGGUCCGUGCAGGGGCACAGCCGUACAGCCACCGCCCCUCGCACGCCCCAGGCCCCUGCAGGCUGUGGGGUGGGGCAGAUGGUGAUAUAAUGCACAUAGUGCCACCUCUAUAUUUGCAUAUCUGAAUAUUCAUGCUUUCAUUCUCCUAUUUCCCCAUCAUCCAACCCUUUGGCACCUCACUCCCCUUCCUAUCCUCCCAGCUCCCGCCUUGAUUCCCCCCAAUCUCCAGUUCCCCAUGUCCCCCCUCCGCAAAUUCCUUCUCCAUCCCUUCCCCCCAGUCUGGCCCCACCCCCAACAGCCCCUCUGCCAUAGAGACGGGACUGGGGCAACACCUGGAAUCGCUCUACAACCACAUCUCCAUGGCUACAGGCCACACUCUGGGUGGGUCUCCUCUCUGGCUAGGGUCCUCUCUGUGGUUGGAGACCUCCAUGCAGUGGGGUCUCCUCUAUGGCUGGGGUCCUCCGAGAGAGAACCAGCCUCCAGGAGGCUAACUAUGGAGAUGUGGCGUAUGGAGCCUCACCCUCAGCUCUGCAGCUGUCCCAGGCAGGAUCCCUGCAUUGGGUGCUGGUGGCCCUCGGCCCGAGCUCCUCUCUCCCAAGCUACGGGGGGUGACUCCUCUGCUGGGCAGCAGUAGAAGCCUGUUACCCUCUUAUGCAAAUCAGCCACGAGAGGGCGACAGAGACCUGCCCUCCCUAGUGCGGGGCUUACAGAGACCCAGGGCCGCAGAGCGUGACUCUCCCUGCCCCUCAUGCAGUCGUCGGCACCAGCCCAGGGUGUGAAGCACAGGUCGGAACGGGGCAGCGUUUGGGCAGACACUCUGCAUGGGUGCAGCCGAGCACCUGAGAGCCAGGUGCCAAUGUGCAUCCGUGCAAGCGGCCCCCGUGCAAGCUGCUGCAAGCAGCAUCCACCGGGGGAAGAUUACGGGAGAGUUUCCAGCUUCCUGCCCCUGUUGCCAGAGGCUCAGAAUUUUCUGUAACUUCCCCCUUUUAGGGCUGGGAUUUUGGGGAUUAGGUUUUUGGAUCCAAUCGCCCCCCACCCCCUCCAGCACCCUGCAGGGGCACCAUCCCGGAAAUGUUGGUGUUUUGGGUUUUGUGUCAUGGGAGAGGACGACUGGCAGGAAAUCACUGCCCUCCUGCUCCAGGGCACAAGCCAGCCCCUGACUGACUGGGCCAGAGAGACUUCCCAGGAGGUUACAGGUCUGAGUGCACCUCUGCCACGCCCAGGCCUGGGACGCAGCACCCGGCGUAGCAGCCAUGCUGACCCAAGGGAUCUGAGUGAGUCCUGGCACCAGCAAGCCAAAGUACUGUUUGUUUUAACAAUAGGAACAAAGCAUUUGGGGGGGGGGUAGGGUUUUAAAAACACCGUCUGCGACCUUUUCUCUCCUACCUAAAACCAUUCUGUGAUGGGGAUCUAGACAGGGCCAGCAUCUGCAGUUGCCCCAGCGGCUCCUGCAUGUCACCCUGGCCCCGCAAACAGCCUCUCUCCCCCCCACCGCCCAGGAGACGCUUGUUACAAACUGCUCGAGUCCCUUUGCUCGCCGGCGUGCACAGGCCUUGCACUAUCUCCUACCAGCACUCAGGCAUUUGCUGAGCAGUGGCUUAUCUUGAGCUGUCCUGCGUCCUUCCUGCUGGUUUGCGCGGCCAGACACCGAUUGAACUGAACCAACAGCUUCUUCCCGCAACGUCCACAGACAGCGGCCAUCCCUUGCCAGGGCUCGGCUCCGGCGCCGUCACCCCUCGAGUCUCGUCCCUGCUCACUGGCCUCUGGAGCAGCUGGGACUGGCUGGGCAGAGGUAGAGUGAGUCCUGCCCUGAUCCGUGGGCCCGAACCCCCCCCAGGAGGUCUCACCAUGACCCUCCCUGCAGCCCCGUGUGAUUGUGCAUUGCUCCCUCGGGGCCUGGCAGCCCCGGUCCCAGCGGCUCCCCUCGCCCCUGGGCUGAGGUCCCCCUGCCCCGGCAGAUAAACCGGUGGCUCUGUGGCUUGAUCCUUGGUGCUACGCCUUCCUCCAUUAGGCUGUACGGGGCUCUGCUGCCACUUACCCCGGGCGAGGCCAAUGUGUUCCUGUGGGUAUUUCCAGGGUUGCCCUUAACACAGACGUGGCUGCUGCCGUGUCUCUCUUGAGUCUUGCUGUGACGAUGAGUGUGUGGGGCAUGAAGCCACCUGUUUAUUUGCCAGGGUGGGGGGACCUCAGCUCAGGGACAAGGCACCCGAGGGGCUGGGAGUGGGGCUGCCGCGCCCUGAAGGGAGCAUGGGUGGGGGGUGACAUUUAGCUCUUUAAGGCUGGGCUUUCCGGGGCGCUGGUUCUGCACACACUGUCCGGGGGGGUCUCUCUUUGCCAGGGUCCCCGCCAGCAGGGCCUACGCAGACCAAUUCACGCACCACACAGUGGGGGUCCAUAGGAAUCCCGCCCUUCCAGCGCGCGGUGCUGCUCCCGGGAGACCCGAGUAACCACUCCCCGUGUUCAGUGAAUAAACGAGCCUCUUUGUCGCUGCGUUUGAGUUUGUGUUGGGAUGUUGGGCUGGUGCUGAUGGGUUAAAAACUGAAAAGCAGAAGCCCUGUUCAUAGCUGAGCUCAUCAGCUCUGGCGUUUUCCUGGGCGGUGGCCGUGGGACGUGGCGAGGGACAGCUGCGGUGCCAUGGGGCAGGGGCAGGCCAUGAAAGCAGCGUGUCGGAAAGGAGCCGCAGGCUGGGUGCCUGGUGGGGUCUGGGGUCCGAUGAGCUGGGGGUCUGAGGGGCUUCCCUCUGCCUCGGUCCAUGGUCCUCAAGCUCACCAAGUCGGGUGCUUCCCGGCGGCCGUGGAGCACGACGUUCCCUGGCCCCAGGAUUCUGAUCCCAUGGUCAGAUCCGGGCCGGUGCAGGGGGGUCACGACCCAAGGAGCCCAGGUGCUGGGGGCUUUUCGAUGUGCCACAAGCGAAGGGAGCGGGCGGGGCAGGGGCAGCACACGCUGGCUGGGAGGGUGCAAGCAGAACCAUCCCCAGUGAGGCUGUGAAUUAUGUACGUUCCAUUCUGUGCAUCCGGUGAAGUGGGUUCUAGCCCAGGAACGCUUAUGCCCAAAUAAAUGUGUGAGUCUCUCAGGUGCCACAAGGAUCCUGUUCUUUUUGCGGCUACGGACUAACCCGGCUGCUACGCUGAAACCUGUGAAUUAUGGUCCCACCUAAAGGCCCCGAUCCUGGCCUGGCCCCUCUUGUCUUAGGGGCUGCAGAGGACAGGCCCUGCCCACACCACUAACAAAGCCAGAGCCCAGCUGAAAGGUGGCUGGUUUGGUUACACACCUGACCCUGGGGCCAGCAGGAUCCUGGGGGGGGGGCGUUUGGCAGUUGUGCCCAGGCCUCUCCCCCACCCCCCAGGGCAGUAGCAAGCCACUAACCCCAGUUCUCGUUUCCAGUGUUUAUUUGGAGGCUGGUCACAGGACAGCUGGGGAAUAUUCUUGCUGCCCUAAGCAAACCGGCAGCUGCUGACACAACCGGCCCCGCACCCCU